GAUAACAAUUCACUGCCUAUAACGCGACCUAAUCAACGUGACUGUGAUAUCCCAGAAAGCGCCUUCAGAUUCCUGAUAAAUUUCGUAGUCGCUUGAUUCACGACAUGGCGCACACCGAAAACCUGCUGCUUCGACGAUGUAGCGCCGUCAGUGCGGAUAGACCAACGGCCGGUUUCACCGGCCGAGCUGCCAAGUCCUUUUCUCCACAUCUGUUUGUGCGUGACAUCGCCCAACGUCGUCGCCAUGAUGCUCAGUAUGGCCGCCGCCCAGACAGCGGACGUGCUGGUGAAAAAACUGGCUACGUACCAUCGCCACGAAGUCUCGGAGCUGCAGCUCCGAAACUGCGUGGUCGCGAACCCGUCCCGCCUUUGCACCUUGAUAAGUAGCUUCACGGAGCUGCGGUGUCUUCGCUGCGUCGCUAGUUCGCUAAAGCCGUACGACGUCCGAAUACUGCUCCUCCCGGCGCUGAAGAAGUUGGAAACUCUCGAGUUCACGAUAGACGAACGUUUGUCUCCACUCCAGGCCCGCUCGAUUCGCAACCUGGCGAGGUGCAACUUCGCCCCACAAUUUCCGAGCCUUCAGUCCAUAUACGUCGAAGUCGCUGGCAGCGACAACAUCGACAUUGUCAGUGACCUGAUGCUGCACUUUCCCAACGUGAACGACUUGCACGUUCACUUUCUUCGGGGGCAGUUCGGGGAUGCCAGCGACAAAUGCAGGAGGUUGUGGGAAAGUCAUCAGAGCCUACGCCGCUUCACGUUCACGUCCGAGGUUCCUUCGACGGCGUGCCAAUUUGCCUAUCCGCACAUGAACUCCGCAGACUGCGGCGUCCUCUGCGGAAACGUGCUGUGCACUCGGAACCCACACACUACUGGGAACUGCUGGCUGAUGCGUGAUCUCUGCGAGCGUAAACAGGCACUGCCAAACCAUCAGACGCUCGUGGUGGUACGCCCCAGCAGCACUGCGACAGAGCAAAUGCGCCAAGCGGGCGUUACGAACGAGUGGACUAGCGUGAAAAGCCUUUGCCUCGUUCUGCUUGGGAUGUUCAACAACUUGCAGUAUCCGUGCGCCGAUGGCGCCUACCACGACGCCCUAGUCUACUUCUUGCAGCAGUUCAGGAGCAUCAACGGGCACGGCGAGUACGAACACAUGACCGAGCUGAACGUCAACUCGUUCCACUGCGCCGACAACUUGGACAUGACCGCAGUCUUGCGGGACGCCGGGUUGACGUCGCUGACGGCGCUGUCGGCGUCGCCCUGCGGCAUCCGACGGCAGGGGGCGCUCGGCCGUCUCGCCCUCGCCUGCCCCUCGCUCAACGACUUGGACGUCCGAGUGUACGCCGACGUCGCCAGUUGCGAGCGCUGCCGGGAAGGCCUCGACGUGGAUGCCGACGACGCGGCCGAGCUGGCUGUCAGCCACAACGGAGGCCGGCUCACGUUCAUCGGGGUGCCGCGAUUCGGCUCGCUCGAUUUCCUCAGCCGCUGCAACGUGCGGGAGCUGCGCUUGGGCGCCACUGAUUGCGACCCGCCCGAAGGACUGGGAGAGCUGCUCGGUUUCAACGAGAGGCUGCGCUGCUUGGUUCUCAGCUACGACGGCGUGCACCUCGACCUGAACCUGUACAAGAACCUGAAAGGGCUCCGGAAUCUACGCCUCCUCAGCGUGCUGUCGACUGCGUGCUACGACAAUAUCUACCCAAGAGCCUACAUGCAAUCUGUGGGCUCCUUCAUGGAACGGCUGAAGGUCUUCCACGUGCACUUCACAGACACCAAGGGCAAUACUGAGCGACUGACGUGGGUGCGACGCGCUCCGACGGUUGUGGAACAGGUCUACCGACUCGGUCCGCUGCUGAUAGCGCCGGUGUUUUUCGGCCGGGUGCUCACCGGCGCACCGUGCGUGGUCUGCACGACCCAAACUUUCAUCGGGCUCGUCAAGCCGAAAUACCGGGGCGUGCACACCAAGUUUUAGACCUUCCUCUUUUAGUGUCCUUAUAGACUGUUUUAGCUCGGCCGUACGCGCAUUACCGUUCGUGGAACACCUGGUUACAGCAGCCGUCAAUGGCAGUAUAGCAACGCUGCUAGCGACGAUGUCAGGAUGCCUGUUUCAAUGGCAACGCGUGAGGAUCGCUUUUUUAUGUAUCGUCAUUCUUGUUUAAAAGAAAUACAAUAGGACACAGCGGUCUGCAUGGUAACGACGAUGUCGCUACCAUUUAUUUACACCAGCGGCUAGGUAGCAAAUGAAAAGUAACUUCAAUGGGCAUUUUGUGUUUUUGCUAGUUAUAUUAUCUUACCUAAGAUGGCGUGUCACCAACGCUUCUCUUGAAGUAAACGUGUCCGGUAACCUGGUGCUUCUCAAAGGGCAAUGCGUUUACGGACCCGCUAAUACUCUGUUGUUAUUCAAACCUUGUCUCACCGAGAGAUUUGACUUUUACUGCUACUGCUUCUGUUUUAUCCGUCAGGCUAAAAGUCAUAUUUCGAAUUUUAGCUUGUUCAUACUGCUGACAAAAACUCCUAAACGCCACAUUUGCCUUGAAUCCUUAUAUUGCAGUGUGAUCAUACAGAACCAUGAAAACAAAUUGUAUAUUCCUGAAUAAACCCCUGAGAUCACAUAGCAUGACGGCACUGGGUUGAUGGGCCUUCUUCAAUAGAGAUAGAGGUCUAAUAAUUCAAUAUCGGAACAUCAUACGUGGCGAAAGUAUUAUGAAUAUGACCGAAAUAGUCACCGCUAAUACUAGUUUGUACCGGGGUAGCCACAAAUAAUAACCUUGCCUGUACGAGAUUUUAAUGUGUUCGCGAGCAUCGUUUGAGUUUUUAUACACAGAAUUGACUAUCAUGCAUAACUUUAUCUGCAAUUUCCUAAUAUUUUACGUAAGAUUGAACAGAAAGAUGACGCGAGGGGACGACCUUGAGAUUUAUCAAAUUUCUUGCCAAUUUUUUAUUGCACUUCUGCAUUACAGUUCUUUAGUCCCACACUACACUGUUCUUCAAAUCUAGUUUUGCUUUAAUUCUAACUAUAUGAAAAACCACCUGCUUUUUGGCCAAUCCCCCAUCAUGGUUAUGUGCCAGUGUUUGGGAAACGAAAUGAGUCGAAGAAGUGAGAAUAAACAGUAAUGGUGACCGUAUGACUAGUUGUUCUUGGUGUCCUUACAAAGUAGGUGCAGUCUACUUCACGAUCCUUUGUUAAUCGACUGAUGGACCACUCCAAUUCCCCAAGGACAAUGUGUGUCAACGUCACGGCCACUGAUAUGGAUGGUAUCCAGCUGGUGAGCGGUACAUACUGCGUCUAUGGCGGAAAGUCGGCCUGUUGGCAUGAACUUUGACGGUUGUUUCUUAAAACGCGCAUGCUUGCUUUCGGCAACCAAGUGGCGAUGAGUACUUCCAAGGUAAAUAGCAGAGACCACGAACAUGAAGUGGCCGUUGCGCAUAUUAAUAGAGAGCAUCACGACGCCAAAGAGCAGGUAAAUAUGCUCGCGAUUUUAGGAGGUUACUACAAAAAAGGCAGAGUUGUUUCCACAACAAAAUACAUAUUGUGAGGUGUGAUUAAUUCGCAAGAAAAAAACAGCCAGUGGCAACAACAGUUGUUGGAACUCAUGAGGCAAACACGCCUCCAACGUGCUCUGAGGACAGCAAUGGAAUUUAGUAAACCGGAUAUCUUCGACGGCUCAUUCACAAAUAGUGCUCAGCCUUGGCUUGAUUUCUUUGAAUACGCAUGGGAUCAUAAUUGUUGGCAGGAUGAUACUUACACGGUUAUGAACAUGCCAUUGUACCUCGGAAGCGUCGCAAGGACUUGGUAUAAGAUCCGAAUGACCGAAAAGGCAGGACAUACUCGGCGCAUUGGAGGAAGAACGUUUUUACGACAUUUUCUCAAAGCAGGCUCGAAUGGUGUGACAGGGCAAUAGCUUUCAAGUACGUUUCUGGCCCUGUGCAUAAUUACUUUUUUUAAAAGUGGAGCCUACCGCACGCAGCAGAUUUUGCACUAACAUGAUUUUGGCUUCUAGCGCGAAGUGAAACACGGACACAGAAAAGAGCAGACAGGACGAGCGCUUUAUCCUUUUGCAUUAGAUUUUGCGCUGUCAGACUCAUCGCUCGUGCCCCUCAUCAUACUGGGACUUCCUAAGCGGAUACAGCAUCAAGUUCAACUUAGGGCACCACAAAUACUAGAAUACCUAACGCCAAUUAUGAAGCAACUAUUUGUUCAGGAGCGACAACAUGCGGCGACAGAAGUUAAUGCCAAUUAUCUGUAGUACCGGGGUUCUGAGGUGACAAAUUUUGCACAGCAGGCGGCAAACCUCGUUUCUGGAAGACUUUUCUAAAGAAGAGAAAAAGAAAAAAAAGAAAUUAUUUUAUAAGUCUGACGACCUGUCGCCCCUUUUACAGGAAACCAUUUUUCUCACUGAUCAUGCCAAGCUGAUAUAUGUUCCCGCACAAGUCAAUGAAAAUGAUGUGAAAACACUCGUGGGCUGCGAAGCGUCAAUCACUGUGGUUGUAGCGCUGUCCUUAAGUAAUUUUCGUUAAAGCGGAGGCUAUUGAAUUCAGCAGAUUAUGCACCAGAGACGGUGAUACCAAAAGUACUUAACUUAUAUCAUAACAGCCGUGAAUCUUCUGGUCAAGACAGCUUUUGGCGGGCGUAUAAUAAGCUUUUGCAGAGAUUCGCAUGGAAAAAUAUGAAAAAGGACAUCAAAGUAAGCUUCUUCAGAGGUUCAGAAGUAAACUUCUUCAGCGCUGUGUGUGUCAAAUGUGCCUUUCUGUUGUCUUUGUCGUACAGCUUGCGCUACAACAAAAUAACAUAUGCCGUGUAGAUAUCCUCAUCGACAUCAACUCCUGUCACUUGUGCCAAAUAAACAAGGCCAAGUACCGACCGUCAAUCGACGAACUAUUUUUGCAUAUCAUUUCCGAUAAACCCUUUGAAGUUGUGCACGUAGAUUUGCAGAACUGAAGGUGAAAAGUACUGGAGUUUGCAAGACGCAAUCUUAGCUGGUUGCAAUAGAUCAGUGCAGUAGAAUUGUAGCAGCGUGCCCUGGGGGAAAAGACGCUAACAGCGUUAUGGUCCUUCUUGGUCGCACAAUGUUUUCACAGCGGAAAGUUGUGAUAUCAAACAAUGGAACCGCAUUCCUAUGCAAGAAACCUUAGGAGUGGGCAGAUAGCCGAAGUGUUACGCCACGACGUUGUGCUCCAUAUCACCCGCAGGCAAAUGGAAUGGCCAAAAGAGCGAUUCGUGACCUUAAGCAGUUCAUCUCCAUGUACCCAACGUUUAAAAGAGGCUCGAAAGGCUGUCUGAAAGCGGCUGUGGCUCACCACAACUGGACGCACACUACUAGUAUUGGUUGUAGCCCUCAUUUUGCUGCUCAUGGCAAAGUACCGGCGCCACCAGCUGACAAAUAACAUGUUAUUGAAGACAACAUGCACCUGUCUGAGUGCCGUAAAAGCGAUGAAGUUGCAUUUUCAUAUGUGCCACCAAGGACACCGCGCUAAUGAUUCACUGAACGAUCUUGUGCUAGUAGAAAGGGGCUACCGGGCAGCGGUACCAGAAAUCUUGGCCCUUUCAAAGUCGUUCCAACAUCGACACAACAGGUGUGCUUAAGACUAUUGAGUGCCACAGUAACGGGCAGCUAGAAUUCGCGGCCCUAAGCAACGUUCAUCGCUAUCACCCAGGAGGGGUGAACAAGAAAAACGGGGGGAGUGUAAGGUUGAAGAGAAAGGUGACGCGAGAGGACAGUCUUGAGGAGCCGAGGAAGAAGUGAGAAUAAAUAGUAACGGCGACUGUAUGACUAGUUGUUCUUGGAGUUCCUCUAUUGUAUAAUAGUACUUGGUUGUGUUGUUGAUUCAUGUCUAUUGUGACUUUAUGCUGCAUUAUAUUAAGUUUAUUCGCCUUCUCCCCACGUACUAUUACUAUACCUUUGACGUAGAUGGUACAGCGGAUAAAAAAAAAUGCACAUCCAAGGGAUCCAAGGGACAGCGUCAAAGCAGGAGCUGGAAUAGUUUUCCUGUGGCAAACCUCCUAUCUCAUGACCGAAGUUCAUAUGGUUUUUCAUCUCUGCGCAUGUACGUUAUACCCACUGCAAAGUAACAAUGCAACGUGUACCAUUUGUUUCGUCAUUUCUUUGAAUAUGUAGCGCUUUUUACUUACUUUUUUAUGUUCGUACGUUUCCUUUAAGAGGAAGCUUUAGUUCGGGUGCUCCUAUCUAAGUACACGUAAAAGAAUUCCUUUUCCUCGGCAACCACUACACCAAGGUUUGUCGCAUUUAAAAGAAAAACUUCUACUUUAGUGUAUGUUUGUUUCAAAUUUUUUAUUGAAGUUGUCAAUUCUUUAUUAAAAAUUUCCAAAUACUGACAAUUUUCAGAACACGGUACUAUGAAGUUUACAACUAUACAUCAGCAAGGGAACAGAUACCACGAUUCUGAGAAUUGCAUCUGAUAGUACAUCUCAAGCGGACAAAAUUGAUGUGUCACACAUGAAUCUAAAAAAAAUUUGUAAUAUUUAAAAACAGCUUUCUCAGAGCCCUUGUAAACAACGUAAUAAAUUCCCGUAAGAUACAUAGUGACAUACUGAACAUCUAAUGAGUGCCAUUCACAGAACCGCGAUAUAUAUUCCUUAUGCAUAGCUAAUAAUCUACAAACUUCGUGCGUCUAAUCUUUUCUAACUUUCAAAGUUUUGAAAAUUCUUUUUACAAAAUUCAGGCAAUAAAUCGAUAUUCCGCUUCCAACAGUCACUAGAAUUUGAUCUCUCUCAAAUGCAACAAAAUUCUUUAAAAUCGGUCCUGCGGUUAUCUGAAAAAAGCGAUAUUUGCGUUUUACGUGUACUACAUGAAUAGGCCGCGUUGGGUUGGGCCCGAGCUAAAGCUUCCUGUUAACAUUGGUGUUUCAAGCAGUUUAAAAGCUUUUUACUCCUCAAGUCAGUUAUUAGUGUUGUGGACAAGUUAUUGCUGCAUUACUAUUUGUUUGUGGCUUUCUUGUUGCUAUUCCAAAAAAAUGUUUUGUUUCUUGUAUUUUGUACUCCGUGGAGCUGGCAACUAGUCAAGCUGAUUUUUCCGCUUUUUUCCCGCACUCCCUCACUUCAUGAGUGAAAUAAAGGAUAUUAUUAUUAUUGAAUCUAUGUCACGCGAAGUUUUAAUAAAGCUGUUAUGUUUUUCACUAAA